AUGAUCCCUCUUGCUGUUCUUCGCCUUCUUCUUCUUCUUCUUCGUCCUUCCUUCCUUUAUUCUUUCUUUUUCGCAUUCUCUAUUUCAGCCACACUAUUCUCUUCGCCCUCCUCCUCCUCUUCCUCCCCGUCUUCUUCUUCUUCCCUUUAUUCUUUCUUUUUCGCAUUCUCUAUUUCAGCCACACUCUUCUUCUUCUUCUUCUUCUUCUUCCUUCCUUCCUUCCUUCCUUCUUUCUUUUUCGCAUUCUCUAUUUCAGCUACACUCUUCAUUUCCCCCUCCUCCUCAUCCUCCCCUUCUUCUUCUUCCUUCUUUCCUUCCUUCCUUCCUCCCUUCCUUCCUUCCUUCCUUCCUUCCUUCCUUCCUCCUUUUUUUAUUCUUUGUUUUCGCAUUCUAUAUUUCAGCCGCACCAUUAUCUUCCUCCUCCUCCAACUACUACUACUACUACUACUUCCUUCCUUCCUUCCUUCCUUCCUUCCUUCCUUCCUUCCUUCCUUCCUAACUUCUUUCUUUUUCGCAUUCUCUCUUUCAGCCACACUCUUCCAAUCCCCCUCUUCCUCAUCCUCCUCCCCUUCUUCUUCUUCUUCUUCUUCUUCUUCUUCUUCCUUCCUUUAUUAUUUCUUUUUCGCAUUCUCUAUUUCAGCCACACUCUUCUCUUACUCCUCCUCCUCGUCCUCCCCUUCUUCUUCUUCUUCUUCUUUUUCUUCUUCUUCUUCUUCUUUCUUUGCUUCCUUCCUUCCUUCCUUCCUCCCUACCUCCCUGCCUCCAUUUAUUCUUUCUUUUUCGCAUUCUCUAGUUCAGCCAUACUCUUAUCCUCCCCUUCAUACUCCUCCCCCUUCUUAUUCUUACUUUCCUUUUUUCUUUGUCUCCUUUAGUUUCAAUUCUUCUUCUGCCUGUUUACAGCUUCUCUUGUCUUUUAUCGUCUAUUCAUAUUUCUUCUUUCCCCCACCCCCAGUCUCUCUCUCUCCCCCCUUUUUCUCUCCCUCACACACACACAUACAAUUCUUUCUAGUUUUCUCCUUGUUCUUUUCUUUUUCAUCUUCUUUUUUUUUUGCUUUCUUUUCUUCUUUUAGUCUUCCUCAUUUUUUUUUUUUUUUUUUUUACUUCACACUUUCCUCUUUACAGGUCGGCUUUCUUCUUUCUCUCCAUUCCCGCUCCAACGUUUCCGCUUUUUACUCUUGUUACUCUCUUUCUUUCGUUAUCUCUCUCUUCUUUUCUCGCUUAUUUCUCCUUUCUUCAAUUUUAUCGACUUAUAUCUCUAUUUUUUCUCUUUCUGUUUGCCAUUCUAUUAUAUUUUUUUCUUUCUUUCCUUCUCUUCUUUUAACUUCUUCAUUUUCUUUUAUCUCUCGUAAUUCGCCUCUCUUUUUUUUCUCUUCGCCUUUGUUUUAUCUUUUUACACCUCCAAUCUCUCUAGUUCUCUCUCUCUCUCUCUCUCUCUCUCUCUCUCUCUCUCUCUCUCUCUCUCUUUACAGUAUCUCCCUUUUUUUAAAUCUUUCUUUUAAAUUCUCUUCUUUUCUCUUUUCUUCUCUCCUCCUCUUUUUCUUUUACAUUUCUUUCUCUUUCUCUCUAUCUCUCCCUAGUUUCUUUCUAAGUCUCUCCUUUUCUUUGUUUUACCGUCUCUCUCUUUUACAAAUCUUUCUUUUCUUUUCCCAUGUUUCUAUCGUCUUCCUUUCUCUUUUGCCGGGUGUCUUUCGUCUAUUUUUCUCCCCUUUCUCGUCUUUUUUUUUUUUUUUUACUUUCUGUCUUUCCUUAAUCUUUCUCUUGUCUGUUUUCAUCCCCUCUCCUCAAAACACCGUCCUCUCUUCUUCAUUAUUUAAUACUUCUACUUCUUCAAAUUAUUCUUUUCGGAAGUUUUACAAUUAUUCUACGAAUUCGUCAAAUUCUUUUUCUUUUACUCGUUUUUGGUUUUUCAAAUUUAUUUUCUUCAAAUUCUUCAAUUCUUUCAAAAUCAUCUUCUUCAAAUUCUUAGAGCUCUUACAUUUCUUCGUCUUCGUCUUCUUCUUCUUCUUCAAAUUCUUCUUCUUAAAAUUCUUCAAAUUUUCCUUCAAUUUCUUCUACUCAGAAUGUUUACAAUUCUUCGUCUCCUUUUUUAGACUUCUUCGUCUUCAAAUUAUUCUUCUUCAAAUUAUUCCUCUUCAAAUUAUUCUUCUUCAAAAUCUUCUCAUGAAUCAGAAUUCCUACAAUUCUUCGUUUACUUCUUCAAAUUAUUCUUUUUCAAAUUCUUCAAAAUUUUGUCCAAAAUUCUUCUUCUCAGGAUACUUACAAUUCUUCGUUUUCUUCUUCAAAUUAUUCUUCAAAUUCUUCAAGAUUUUCUUCUCCAAAUUCUUUUUCUUCCCUGGAUUCUUGCAAUUCUUCAUCUUUAAAUACUUCUUCAAAUUCUACUUCUAA